AUGGCAGUCCGGAGACGCACGCGUGCGCCCCCAGCUCCUCUCCGAUGGGAGGAAACGACCUCCAUCGUCGACAAGUACUGGGGAGAGAUGACGUCGGAGGCGAUCCGCCAGCGCGUCCUCGAGUCGGCGCCGCGCAACCCGCUACAUACACACAGGAUAAUCAGGAAGCUCUACAUUGCCUUCUUCUUCCUUUACGGCUUCUUUGUCCUCGUCCCACUAUGGUUCCUGUGGUACUGGCCUCGAUUCACGCGUCCCAGACGAUCGUGGACCGCCCAGCGAUGCGUCCGCGUCCGCUGGAGCCGUAGAAUCUGCGCCGUUGUUGCCCGGUGCGAAAUCGACUGGCUUGGAAGGGACCUAAGCGUGCAGCUGGAUCCCUCGAGGCUUAUCCACUCGCACCCAGUUACGAUCGGCAUCCCGCCUGACUCGUGGCUCAUCGGCUAUGCCGCAAAGAUGAUGAACCAGCUUCAUGCGACGCGCGGCAAGUGGCACCCCGACAUGGUCCACAGGCGGUCCCCCGCGUGGAGUAGAUGGAACCCAGCGCCGUCACCGCAUGGCUUUGCACCUGUCUCGGCGUUCUGGUACUCUGGACCCAAGGCGAGCCGGAAGAGCAAGGUGGCUCCCCGCCAGAGAGGAGACCCAGUGCUUCUGGCUUUCCAUGGCGGCGGGUACGUCUGCGGCACGGCGGCCGAGACGGACGCCACGUCGCUCAUCUACCGGAACCUAGUGCAGUACACGCCCAUCAAGCAUGUCCUAAGCGUCGACUAUCGUCUGGCAAACAAGGCGCCUUGGCCGCUUCCUCUUCUCGACGCGAUCGCGGCCUACUAUCACCUCGUGGCCGUCGAGGGCAUCGACGAGCGCGAUAUCCUCUUUGGCGGCGAUAGCGCAGGUGGGCACCUUGCUCUCGCAACGAUGCGCUGGAUCCGCGAUUCAGGUCCUCAGCUGGGCUUACGUGGUCCGCGCGCAAUGCUUCUCUUCUCCCCAUGGAGCGAUACCGGGUUCACCCACGUCUGGGGCGACAAGCUCAUGAAGCACAACCUCGGCACGGACAUUAUCCACGACAGCUUUGGGCCAUUCGCAGCGGGCCUGCUCACGCGAGCGAUGCCACCUGGUUGCAUACACGAAGACGUGUAUUUGUCGCCAGCGUCGCGGCUUAUCGCCCCGGACGAGAACAUGUUUGCCGGUUUCCCGCCCAUGUUCAUCACCUACGGUGAGGUGGAGCGCAUUUCGCUCGAGAUCACCGACCUCUUCCGCCGCGUCCAGCUCGCCCGCAGAAGCCAACCAACAGUCGUUCCUGACGAGCUGUACCAGGCGCCCGACGGGGUACACGACUUUAUGAUAUUCCCUUGGUUUGCUGAGGAGACGGCCGCGGUCCUCGAACGCCUCGACGAGUGGCUGCGCGACCUCCUGAGCCGCGACGACACCGACGACGACGUGGUCGUUAGCACAUGCCUUGGCCCGCACGCUGACCUUCCCCCACUCGGUAUGAUCUCGCCCGCUACCGAACUGCCGCCACCGCUUGCGCCCCUCACUGGGAUCUCGGGUGGGCGCUCUGGAACGCAGUCAUCGCGUCCCUCACCUCAUCCCAGCCCGUUCUCGCCCUUCGCGGCCCUCUCGCCAAUGACAGCUCCCCAGUCGCCCUACUUCCAUGCCCUCUCGCCGGAGGAGAAGCAGCGACGCCAGGAACACCGCGCCGCGCUCAAAGCCGCCAAGAGCCCGAGAAUGGUGCCUGUGCGCGACACGCCGCGUUUCAUGUAUGCCGACAUGCGCCACGAGGGCCUUCACUACCUCGAUAUUCCUCACCUGGAUCUGGGUGGAGGUGGCGGAUCUGGUGUACCCAUCGGCUCUGCCGCCCUCGAGGAGGAUGAGCUUCGCCUCGAUGCCGAGGACAAGGACGUCCAGGCCAGCAGCGACACGUCUAGUAGCGAUGGCACGUCGCGUCCGUCGUCGAGUCGCGGCCAGUCGGCCUCGCCUCCCCGCUCCAAGAUGUAA